AUCACUUUCUCUAUAAAUCUGAGACCACCCAGCCCCUCAUUUGCUACCUCUUCAUCCGUUACUGAUCUCUCUGAGCUUAAGUUCCAAUGGAGUUUAAUAGAUUUCGUAGCUGUUUGUUUGUUAUGUUGUUGGGUUUGAUCAGCUCUUGUCACGCCUACAAGUUUUAUGUUGGUGGCAAAGAUGGCUGGGUUUUAAAACCCUCCGAGAAUUACAAUCACUGGGCUGAAAGAAUGAGGUUUCAAGUAAAUGAUACUCUCUAUUUUAAAUACAACAAAGAUUCAAACUCCGUCUUGGUGGUAAACAAAGAUGAUUACUUCUCAUGCAACACAAAAAACCCAGUACAAUCCUUUUCAGACGGGGACUCAGUCUUCCACUUCAGUCGCUCAGGUCCACACUACUUCAUCAGCGGCAAUGCUGACAACUGCAACAAAGGCCAGAAGGUCAUCGUUGUUGUUAUGGCCGUGAGACAUCACCACCACCAUGCUCCUCCGACUCCUUCUCCUGCAGCAGCCUCACCAGUUGUUUCUCCAUCUCCUGCAUCUCAUCCUAGUUUGUCACCUCCGGUGGAGUCUCCACAGACUAGUACUCCGCCGUCUACUCUUACGGAGCCACCGAAGUCUCCGUCGGAUGUAGAAAUUCCGGCGCCGACUCCUUCAAAAUCUGGUUCAGUGGGAUUAGCCAGUUCUCUUGGGUCAGCUUUGGGAUUCAGCGUUGUAGCGAGUGUGGUUUUAGGUAGCUUAAUUGGGGUGCUUUAGUUUUUUUUUUUUUUCAUUUGACUACUGAAGAUUAAUGGUUUGUGUUAUGAGCCGCUUAUUAUUCAAGUAGAGAAUGGGAAUGAGAUGGUUUAUAAAAUUAUUAUUGAUUUGUUCUUUGUCAAUUUCAUAAUAUGAGUACUUAAAAGAAAAUUUGAAGAGA